CGUCGCUCGUUUGCUCCCCCUCUCUCUCCUUACUCUUCACCUCAAAGGGACACCAACGCGAGUAACACACCAGCAGGUUGGCGAAGCAGACUGUCAAGCGACAAGGACACGAGAGGGAAAAGCUAUUUUUAACCCCAGAUAUUAUCCAUCUGAAAUAACGGACACGCCACAACACGAUAUCCCUCCCUAUCGAACCUCAACUUCUACUGACCAGCCGGCCCUUCAGAGACCAGAUAUCCCUCCCUAUCGAACCUCAACUUCUUGCGCUUCAGAGGCCAGCUGACUGAUCAAUAAUAAUAAUAAUAAUAACAUUUGGAGUCAUAGUUUUAAAGACACAGAAACUAAGGAAGAGCUAACCAAGCAAACAGACUGCAUUAUAGACUAACAACAGCAGCAGAUGGACUGACUGGCACAGCAAACAGACACAUAUCAACUCUCUGACGACCAGCCGGCGCCUCACAGAAAUGGCUGACAAGCAGAUCAGUUUGCCUGCCAAAUUGAUAAAUGGUGGGAUAGCAGGGCUGAUCGGCGUGAGCUGUGUGUUUCCCAUUGACCUGGCCAAGACCCGCCUGCAGAACCAGCAAAAUGGGUCACGACUCUACACCAGCAUGUCCGACUGUCUUAUCAAGACCAUCCGCUCAGAGGGAUACUUUGGGAUGUACAGAGGGUCUGCGGUGAACUUAACCCUGGUCACUCCAGAGAAAGCCAUCAAGCUAGCAGCAAAUGACUUCUUCAGACAAUACCUCUCCAAGGAUGGUCAGAAGCUCACCCUGUUCAAAGAGAUGCUGGCGGGGUGUGGGGCAGGUACAUGUCAGGUUAUCGUCACGACUCCUAUGGAGAUGUUGAAGAUUCAGCUUCAAGAUGCUGGGAGAAUUGAGGCCCAGAGGAAGCUGAUGCCAGAGACGAUAGUACCGGGGACCGUGCCGACCAAGUCCCCCACCGCCAUGCAACUGACCAGGGAACUGCUUAAGGAGAAGGGAAUCGCUGGGCUGUACAAGGGCCUGGGGGCCACACUGCUCAGGGAUGUUCCGUUCUCCAUCAUCUACUUCCCUCUGUUUGCCAACCUGAACGACCUGGGGAAGAGAGGAGCGGAGGGCCCCGCUCCGUUCUAUGUCUCAUUCCUGGCAGGCUGUCUGGCUGGCAGCACGGCCGCCGUGGCUGUUAACCCUGUAGACGUGAUAAAGACCAGAAUCCAGUCUAUGAACAGAGGGAGUACAGAGGAAACCUACAGUGGGGUGACUGACUGUAUCAGUAAAAUCAUGAAGAACGAGGGCCCCUCUGCGUUCCUGAAGGGGGCGUACUGCCGUGCCCUGGUCAUCGCGCCCUUAUUUGGUAUCGCCCAGGUGGUCUACUUCUUCGGGGUGGGAGAAUACAUCCUCAGCUUCCUGCCUGGCAACUGAGAACAUCAACCAAUCGGAUCUCUGCCUUUCCCUCUCUCCUCACGACUACAUCACGCACAGCACACCCAAAGACACUGGGAUCACCUCUCGUCAUGAAAUAAGGUUUUGAUUGUUUGAACGACGAUCGUUGUUAAAGUAUGACGACCACCAAUUUAGGAUAGUUUUUCUUUGACCCCUUUUGGCUUAAGAGCACCCCCUAGAGGCAACAACGUUGUGUUUAGCCUCUUCCAUUAUCCUUGUUGUGUUGAAUGUAAUGCUAUGGUUGUGAGCACAGUAGUAAGAGAGAUGUGUUGUUGGCAAAGGAAUUAAUGCCACAAAUACCAUGUUCUCAAACGAUGAUUAUCUUAUUUGUUUUUUAUAUAUAUUUUUUUGUUUUGAUAUGAAUUACAGGGUAGAUCUAUUGUCUGAGUAUAUGGUAGCUAUCUCCGUUAAACUCCAUAGUGUCAGAAUGAUCAUGCGAAUGACAACUAUUGCCUAUAAAUCACAUUUAAUAUUAAUGACUUAUCUUGUAGUAAUAUAACAAAGUUAAAAGGCUGGUCCAAAUGAAAAAGAUGGAUUUGAUGCUCAAGAAAACAAAGGAUCACUUAAGACUAUUCAAAGUUUACCAAGCAUGCUCAUUAAAGAAACAAAAUGCUCCAUACCUUAUUAUUGUUACCAGCUAUUACGUAGUAUACUUAAAGCAGUAAGGCCCCAGGAGCUGUGGGUAUAUGGCCAAUAUACCACGGCUGAGGGCUGUUCUUAGGCUGGGUAUAUGGCCAAUUUACCACGGCUGAGGGCUGUUCUUAGGCUGGGUAUAUGGCCAAUAUACCACGGCUGAGGGCUGUUCUCAGGCUGGGUAUAUGGCCAAUAUACCACGACUGAGGGCUGUUCUUAGGCAACGCAGCCCUUAGCCGUCGUAUAUUUCCAUAUACCACAAACCCCCGAGGUGUCUUAUUGCUGUUAUAAACUGGUUACCAACGUAAUUAGAGCAGUAAAAAUACAUGUUUUGUCAUACCUGUGGUAUACGGUCUGAUAUUACCACGGCUAUCAACCAAUCCGCAUUCAGAGCUCGAACCGACCAGUUUAUAAUAUGAAUUAGAGCUAAAAUUACAUCUUAUAUUUAUAUUUAAACGUGUUUCAGGCCCAGACCCAUAGAAUAUCUUAAGUUGUGAACUAUAUACAAUUAUACAAUACUAACACUCCCAUUGGAUCUAACCUGAACAGCCCAGUCAUCCCUGCCUGUGAUUGGUUGUAAUUGUCAUUCAGCCAAUCACCUUAUAGCUCUGUGUGGACCCUAAUUGCCUUGUCCCUGGUGCUCUUUACUCUAUAGGGGCAGCAGUCUUGGUGUUAAACAUUUGGGCCAGUGAAAGUACUGAUACUAUAUCUGAAGACCAACCUAAUCUGCAAUAGAUUCUAUACAAAAAAAACCCAGAAUCAAUGAUAAUUGAUGAAGCCACUUUUAAUAUUGUCCAAAUGAUUUCUAACUGUUUAUAGUUGUUAUUCAUAUUUGGAAAGAUAUUCCUCUUACAGCCAUUCAAACUUUAAAACGUGUAGUUUGACAUCUUUCCCAAACAAGAUAGACAAACAAUUUGAAAACUUCUCUGCUAUUGAAAUCUGAAAACAGAGCAAGAAUAACUUUUACCAAUCAAGACGUUCAGCUGUUUUAGUAAUCACAUCAACUGCAUUUAUUAAGGUAACGUUCCACUGUUAACUUAACUGUCACAGAACUUUCAGAAAUGUCAAAUUAGAGUUGUUUAAAAAAUUCUUUUUUUUAAAAUCUAACCUUUAUUUAACUAGGCACUUCAGUUAAAUCACUUCAUUUAUUUACAGUGACGGCCUACCCCAGCCUAACCCAGAUUGUGCGCCGCCCUAUGGGACACCCAAUCUCGGCCGGAUGUGAUACAGCCUGGAUUCAAACCAGGGACUGUAGUGACACCUCUUGCACUGAGAUGCAGUGCCUUAGACUGCUGCGCCACUCGGGAGCCCCUAUGUGUGUGCACCAUAGAAUUAGGAGUUAGAAUACUAGAAUGGACAUGAACCUGGGAUAAAGGUCAGCCAUGUUGGUCAGGGAGUUGGUCAACCAUGGUUUGCCAGUGCUGUGACAGGAAUUAGACAAGUUGUAAAUGCAACAAGUAUUGAUAUUGUAUCAUUAAAUAGCACUCACAGCUUUACAAUUUAUUUUCUUGGGGACAUUUAUGGUCUGUUUAUAUUUUAGAAGCUAUUUUAGAAGCUAUUUGUACAGAAAAUGUGUAUCAAACUUGAAUAAACUGUAUUUAUAACACGUGACAAUAUUUUAGCUUGACAAAAAUUUAAUUACACAAUUUCUCCUAUAUCACAUGCUGUACUUUGAUCAGACUGGUUUGGAUUUCUCCCUGACCAACAUGGCUGACAUUUUCCCUUCCAUUCUAGAACCUUGAGGGUUUAUGACACAGUAAUUGAAUAGGAUCCCGAUGGUGUGCACAUCACAUUCUAAGAAUGAGACAAUAUGUAAACAAUGGGACUUUUGACAGAAAUCAGCUACUACUUUGGCCACUUUCAACAAGUUAAGAGCAUAUGAAAUCUUCGCCUGUUUCUCUCCUAUUUAAAUAUGAAAUCAGAACAGGAAUAACUCUACCAAUCUAAAGAUACAGCUGUUAGAGGAACCGCACCGACCGCUUUUUUUGAUAACUUUAUAAAACAACUUACAUUUUUACCACUUUCCCGAAAAGCUAGACAAAAAGUUAGAAUGUAUGAAAUCUUCCUCUACUUCUCUACUAUUCAAAUCAGGGCAUCAGAAGACUUCUACCACUACCACAAAGAUACUUGUAAAGAACUGGUGAAAGGCACACAAUUUUAAUUAAUGUAAAAUUUCAAUAGUGUACUAAAAAUAUUAUACUAAGAUUGUGUACUAUGCUACAAUAGUGUACUAACAAUUGUUUUAUUUCAGUCAUUCAUUGGACUAAAACUAUCUUUAGCUUGAGUACGUUUUGUUUGUUCUCUUGGCUCUUUGGGGAUCGAAGCUUCCAUGGCUUUGUUGUAAAUGCAUUUGUUACAUCACUGAAGGCCUGCCGCACCAUUCAAAUCCAAUCAAGCUUUAUUUAUACAGCACAUUUCAGACAUGGAAUGCAACGCAAUGUGCUUCACAGGGGGGGAAAAA